AAAAUGUAAGCAAAAGACAGCCCAAUUUUCACCAGAGUUGAACAGCGACACUGCGAGAAAACACAGAGAGAGAGAGAGAGAGAGAGAGAGAGAGAGAGAUGGAGAAGGUUUCAUCUGGAGCCAAAGCGCAAGUCUCAUCAAUACUCGUAUACCCAGUAAAAUCAUGUCGUGGAAUUUCAGUUUCUCAAGCACCUCUUACUCCUACUGGAUUACGAUGGGAUAGACAAUGGUUAAUCAUAAACUACAAAGGGAGGGCAUAUACUCAAAGAGUUGAACCAAAGCUUGCUCUUGUUGAGGUAGAGCUGCCAAAUGAUGCAUUCUUGGAGGGUUGGGAACCUACUGAAAGCUCUUAUCUAGUACUAAAAGCACCAGGAAUGGAUGUGCUAAAGGUUUCUUUGAGCACACCACGAGGAGUAGCAGAUGGUGUCUCGGUAUGGGAGUGGUCGGGUUCUGCAUUGGAUGAGGGAGAAGAAGCAUCAAAAUGGUUUUCAAACUAUCUUGGAAAACCCAGUCGCCUUGUUCGUUUUAAUGCAGCAUCAGAAACAAGACCUGUAGAUCCUGAAUAUGCUCAUGGACACAAAAUCAUGUUUGCUGAUAUGUAUCCGUACAUGCUAUCAUCUCAGGGAUCGUUGGAUGCACUGAAUUCACUUCUGAAGGAACCAAUACCAGUUAAUCGUUUUAGACCCAACAUUGUUGUCGAUGGUUGUGAGCCAUAUUCUGAAGAUUUAUGGAUGGAGAUCAAAAUAAACGAAUACACAUUUCAGGGUGUCAAGCUAUGCUCCCGUUGUAAGGUACCUACAAUCAACCAAGAUACUGGUAUUGCAGGACCUGAGCCAAAUGAAACUCUUAAGAAAAUCCGGUCGGACAUGGUUUUGCGUCCUACUAAAAAACAGCAGGGAAAGAUCUACUUUGGGCAGAAUAUGGUUUGGAAGGACUGUUUGGCUGGGGGGAAAGGAAAUAUCAUAAAAGUUGGAGAUCCUGUUUAUGUACUCAAGCAGGUUCCAACUGCUGCUGAAGCAGCAGCUUGAAUAUGAGUAUCGUAUUGUAUUGUGAAUAAAACUUGUGUAAUUGUUCUUUUGUGGAUGAUUAGGAAAGUGUUUUCAUCAAUAAUUGAUAACUAGUUGUAAAAUAACGAUUUGAAAGGA